CUCAACCCACAAAUGUGGAAUAAUAAAUAAUCCCUGUAACUUAGAGCGAGUGUUGUGCUCGGUCCUUAAUGUCUGCUCGAACUUUACAUGUUGGAGAGGACUUCUGCGAGAGUUAUACCAGAGCCGUGGGAUUGGUCUCUCACGAAGUGCCAAAACCACUUGACAUGAUAAUACAUUGGCCAAAGCAGGGGAAGUAUUAGGGGAUACGUGAGGUUGCUCAUUACCAGAUCUGUAAUACCUGCUUUUCCAUAAAAAAAUGAAGGGUAUUCUAAUUGAGUGGUAAUGAUGUCACAAUUCAUGAACACUUAAAGUGGUGCUAGGCGGAAGAGCUAUUAUCUGUUGUAGACUUGUGGGUUAAUAUCUUAUUCUUGAAGCUUAACUAGACAGUGAUGAAAGAAUAUCUUUUCCGUUUCUUAUAUUUAUUUAUAUUUCAUUUCUAUACAAAUAAUAUGCCGGGAAGUAAUCAAGCCCUACAUAAGAACAUGAUGCUAACAACAUGCAAAAGAAUAAUUAAUCAAACUCUUCUGCAGUCAUGUGACAUGUAUAUGUAUCAACGAAUUACAUGUACCGUAUCUUUUCCAGUUUAGGCGUAAGGAAAUUAACAAAAACAGGAGACGUUAGAGCUGACAUUUAGAUCGAGAGAUUACGAAUGGCAGUUAAGUUAUGUGUACUUUGGCGAACUUAUUGUAGGAAAUUCAAACCACACCUUCUAAUGGUUCUGGCUCACAUUUUUUUUUUUGGCUCACAUGUGUUUUACAAUUCUCUAUUUCAUAACUGAAGCUGCUUUCAAUCAUGGAAUGAAUCCUCAUUUCUAUGUAACUUAUCGGCAUGUUGUAUCUGGUUUAGUUGUGCUGCCUUUCGCCUAUUUCCUAGAAAGGUAUUAAAUUCGAAAUUAUGCACGUAUUCAACUUACUCAUAGUUGUUUUUCUGAAACUUUUUUCCUUGCAGGAAUGUAAGGCCCAAGUUGACAUUAGCAUUGUUUGCUGAGAUAUAUGCAGUAACGGUUCCUGAAUUAAGAAAUUUUCGUGAAUUCAGUUAAUUUCUUGAUUUAAUGGAUAAAACCAAGUUUCUUUCAUGAUCACAGGAUCUGUUUAACUCUGAAUAUGUACUUUCUUAGCAUGAAAUAUACCUCACCAACUUUCAUUGCGGCGAUGAUCAACACAGUUGCUUCUUUGACUCUUGUAAUUGCAGUUGUCUUGAGGUGGGUACACAUACCUUCUUCUCAACUGCAUACCUUUAACUUGUACUUCCUAUAUGUAUGUCAAAUGAAGGUUAGAAGUUCUUGACAUUAGAAGAAGCCGAGGGAUGGCAAAAAUUCUUGGAACCUCAGUUUCCUUCGCAGGUGUACUGACCAUGACAUUGUUCAAAGGACCUGCAAUUAGAAACUUAUGGGGUGCAGUGAUUCGUAUUGAAAGGAACAGUGUCGAGCAUGAGAAUUGGUUGAAGGGUUCACUCCUUGCUGUUGCUAGCUGCAUAACAUGGUCUAUUUGGUACAUCAUGCAGGCUGUUACAUUGAAGAAAUACCCUGCACAACUUUCAUUAACGGCAUGGAUGAGUAUUCUUGGUGCAGCACAAUCAGCAGUCUUAACAGCAUUUAUUGAACAUAGACCUAAAGCGUGGGAAAUUGGAAUAAAUGUGGAACUUUGGGCUAUCAUUUACGCUGGAGUGGUUUGCUCUGGUCUGAUAAUAUACGUACAACUAUGGUGUACAGAGCAAAAAGGUCCAGUUUUUGUUACCAUGUUUGAUCCUAUUUCCACAUUAAUGGUGGCUGUUGUACAUGGGAAGCAUUAUAGGGGGGGUAAUAAUCGUUGCUGGUCUCUACUUGGUUUUAUGGAGCAAAGAGGGUGACAAUGAACCUCAAACCGAUUCUCAAGUACUAACGAAUCUGAGCUAUGAUGAGCAUAAGGAAAGCAAGAUGCAAAUAACUUCUUAAUGCUAGGGAAGGAAAUAUCCAUACCAGAGCCUAAUACAUGAGGGAAUAGUCUAAGCGAGAAAUUUAUCACUCCUCGUGGAAGGGAAAGUUAGGGGAAAUUGAACUAAUUUCUAUUUCAGAGCUAAGAAGAUGAAGGAGACAACUUUUGUGAUUCUGAAUCCUUUAAAACACAAAAUACACCACAAUAUUGAUAUUGCCUCCAUUCAGAGGAAAUACAGCUUUUCGUCGGGGUUAGUUCAGUAAGAUGAAGUUAUUCUGCAUCAGUUAACAUAUUUAGACCAAAACUUGUGUGAUACAGAAAUCCAUGAGUUUGAUAAUCAAUGUAAUUGUUUCCAGAGACCACUGGAUAUUGAUCAGUUCUUUUAUCCUAGAGAUGUAGAGAUCACAUUUUAGACAUUCUCUUCAUUUGCAGCAAAAAAUAAGGCAGAUAAAGGUGAUGGAGAGAUUUACAUUUAGUAGCAGGUAAAACUUUUGAACAAGCUUCU